UUAGGCUUAACUUGAAAAAAAAGGGGCACAACUCGAAAAGUAAGCAUUUGCGACGGAAAAGUUAAAUAUCAGUCAAUUCACUACAUGUAUCACCAGAAGAAAAACACCAAUCAGAAAAUCGUUCGUUGGCUGUUGUAACUCUCAAGGGUUCCUAUCUCAUUCCCCAGUAAACUUGGACAACUGAGGGAAGGAAGAUGUGGUUCAAAGGAUUAAGAAUUGCUCAUGUCCUGCUGGGUGCUACAGUGGGCUUGAGUAGUGCAUGCAUGUCCUUAGGGAGUGUGGUAACUAGUGAUAACCGGGCAGCCAGCAUGAUGAUGUAUGAUUUUCGAACUCUACCCAACCUCAGUAGCUGGGUGGAAUCCUCAGAUACUGUAAGAGAACCAGGCAUGUCAAAGGGAGCAUUUGUAUUGCAGAAAACACAGCUGUUCCAGAGGGCAGUGAUGUUUUCCAUGAUCAACCCUCAGCCCAAUGGUGCUGGUUUUGUUGGCUUUGAGAGUCAGGACACCUGGGACUUGAGUUCCUACAAUGGGGUAGAGCUGAAGGUUCGAGGCCAAGGUGACAACUAUGUGUACAAAGUGAAUUUCAGACACAAUGGACAGGGAUCAAAUGACAUUGCCUAUGAAGUUUUUUAUGAGGUUCCCAAAAAUGAGUGGACACGCAUUGUACUUCCCUUCACUGCAUUCAAGCCUUACUAUCGUGGUCAGGAGGUGCCUGAUGCCGAGCCCCUCAACACCUCCAAUAUCACAACAGUCACCCUGCAGAUUGUUGGGGGAGUCUACAGUGACUUCAAACAACAUGGGGCAUCAUCUCUGGAAAUAGAUUACAUGCAAGCAGUGAAUUAAUGCAAGCUGUAAUUACAGACAGUGCUGCACUGUGUAACAACAAACGACACCAAUAUAAAGAUGUACAUUUUCCAAUAAAUCAUUAUCCUACAUAAGUGUAGUUUGCUGACAAAUAAAUAAAUAUAUAGAAAAUAUAAUGUAUGGACAUAAUUUGCUGACAGAUUUUUUUCUAAGGACACGCAAACAUAUACUUUGUCAACAUAGGAGGUUGGAUGUAGCUUAACCAAAAUGUACAUAAAUAGUUGGGCCAUACCUUGUUGAUGGCAAUGAUGUACUGUUUUGAGGUGCUCCCUGACCAUGAGUAUUGUUAUGUUCCUCUUGUCUUACAAUACAGACUUCAUUUAUAAUCAGUGACGACAUCAGCCCACCUGCAACCUGGUUAGCAACUGAGUUUACUUGCUCUUGGCCACAAUAAAUGAAUGGUACAUAGUAGGCAGUAGACAUGUUUUUCUUUACUGAAAACUAGGUUAUUUAUAAUAAAAUAAUGAUUUAUUCAAGGUUGAUUUAUAAUAAAAUAAUUAUUCAUUCGACCUUGGUGUUGAUAAAACUGAGCAAUAAUCAGGGUUUAUUGAUUGUCACCUAGAGCUGACAAAUUAUAAAACAAAUAUUGAUUGUCACCUAGAGCUGACAAAUUAUAAAACAAAUAUUGAUUGUCACCUAGAGCUGACAAAUUAUAAAAAAAUUAUAAUUUUCUCUUUGCAGGCCAGAUAAAAUAUUUAUCAAGAAAUACAAGCUUACUAAGUGUGGUGCAUAUCUGGUAUCCGUAACUGCUUGCAUAUCAAUAGAUUCUUGUUUGUCACAUGAUCUUUAGCUACAACUGGUGUUGUAGGCACCACCUAAUGUAUUUUCUUUCUAGAAUUAACUUUUUCAGAACAAAUUCAUGUAUAUAUUAACUAUCUUUAUACAGUAUUAAUUUCACAAAAUAUAAUUCAAUACAUAAUA